AUGGCUGAAGCUAAUUUCGGGAAGAACAGAAUUCCAAUCAAGUCCUCCUGUUCUCUUUUUCCUUCCUCGGUUAGUAUGAAGAUUUCCUCUGAGUUUGAAGCUUCUGAUGGUCUUCAAAAAGUUGGUGAAACUGUGAUUAAGCUUUUUCCUGAAGGGGAUCCUAAAUUGAAUUUAAAUGAGCCAGUGAGUGUUGAUCUUCAAGAAAUUUGCUCUCUUCAAUCGGUGGUUAAGGAAAAGAAAGAGAAAAGGAAAAUUGAGAUUGAUGAAAUGGUGAGUAAACAGCUGGAACAAGUGUGCAAUGAGAUUAAAUUUCAUUUCCCUAGCAAGUUCAAUCAUAUUGAAAUUGGAAAAAAGGGAGUGUUUAAUUUUAAUUAUGCUGAUCUGGAUGAUAAGGGCAUUAAUGUCCAAAUGAUGGUUGAUGAAGAUGAGGAUAAGAAAGGAAGUAUCCGAAAUAGUAAUGGAGGGCUUCUCAUCACUGAAAACAUGCUGGAACAAAUGAAGAAUGGGGAGAUAAAGAACAAGGUGAAUAUGAAUGCUCCCACAAUGUCUUUGGAUGAAUCAAAAAUAAAUGAACCUGUGUCAUACGCUGAGAAAGUUAGCGGGAAGAAGCUUAAUGCAGCAAACCUUAUUUCUAAGGUUAAGAAGAAUGCGGACUUACCUGAUGGAGUGGUGGAAAUGCCAAUAUGUGAUAUCCUUAAAGGUUGCAGCCCCUUUAAGACCACCCUUUAUGGAUAUUUCAUUGAUAAACAUGUUAAUUUCUUUAAUGUCAACAAGUUUGCGCACAACACAUGGAGAAAACAUGGAUUAGAGGAAGUAAUGGUAAAUGAUGAAGGAAUUUAUUUUUUCAGAUUUAGCACUGAACAAGGCAUGAUUUCUGUGUUAGAGGGAGGAGUUUGGAUGAUUUUUGACAGCGCCCUUGUUGUUAGAAGAUGGACCACUGGUGUGAGCUCGGCCAAAGAUCAACAUGACAAAGUUCCAGUUUGGGUCAAAAUAUAUAAUGUUCCUCUUGAAUAUUGGAAUGGAACAGGACUGAGUCAUAUUACUUGGGAAAUAGGAAAACCAUUGGAUGUCGAUGCCCAUACAGCAAAAAUGUGUCAAGAGCAUUGGGGAAGACCGGCCUUUAUGAGAAUUCUGAUUGAAAUGUCUGCUGCUAAGGAAUGGCUUAAGGAAGUUCAUGUAUAUUCUUCGGAUCUCACUACAGGAGAAAGAAUUCUGUCAAAAUGCAAAAUUGAUUAUGCUUGGAACCCUUCCAAAUGUUCUCAUUGCAAGGUUUAUGGGCAUAAAGAUAGUACUUGCAGAAUUUUACUUGCUAAGGAGGUCAAGGAUAUAGGAAAAUCUAAUCUAGAUGAUCAGAAAAAUGAUGGCAAAAAAGUUGAUCUGAUGGAGGUUCUUAUCGCAAGCACAAAAAAUGUUGAAGAAGAUAAUGAUGGGUUUCAAACGGUGGUGAAAAGAAAUAAAGGAAUAAAUUUGGGUGAAAAGAAAAAGGAAGAUCUUGGAAUCAAAAAUCAGAAUUUUUCUCAAAGGCAAAAUGGGAAGAACCAAGGAAUUGGAAAAAGCACGGCUGGAAAUUCUGUUGCAAACCAGGGACAAAAAGGGAAUAGUUCGGAAAAAAGUGGGAAUUUGGUCGGAAACCAGGGGCAAAAAGGGAACAGCUUUGUAAAAAAUGGAAAUAAUUUUGGUGGCAAUCAAUGGAAUAAGGGUAAAGGAAUUCAGGGGCAAAAUGGGAAAAAUCAAGCUGUGAAUGGAAGAAAUAAUGGAUUUAAAUUUGAACAGGGGCAGAAUAGUAAAAGCAACAAUUUUUCGAACAGGUUUAAUUAUGCUGGGAGUAGUACAGGUGGAAUUAAUUCUCAGGGGAUUGCUCAUGUGUUUUCCUAUAAUAAGGGACAGAAUUUGAAUGUUGAAAAGAGAAAAGAUUCAGGUAGCGGGUUGAAGUAUGUCCCAAAAUCUGGAGAAGAUAGUAAGAUAAGUUCCAAUUUUGAUAAAAUACAAAAUGAUGAGAAAUUUAAAGAUCCUGCGAUUAUUUUAUCCAGCAAUAAAUUUGAUGUGUUAAAGGAUUUGGAAGAUGAUAAUCAAGUGGAAUUUUCUAGAAGAAGUAUUCAAGGAAUUGACCUUGAUUACUUGGAUUAUGUUGACCAAAUGGAAGUUAUUGGAGGUAUCCCAUCGGAUGAUACCAACAUGGAAGGCUUUUCCAAUGACGAUUAG